UCCGCUGGUUCAUUGUACCGUCUGAUUUUUGCCGCAAAGCAAAUUGAAUCGAUACCGUUUUAAAAACGUGUUACUGAGAAGCGGGAAAGGAGACAACGAUGUAGUCGUUUGCUGUUCGUUCUUACUCUUAGCUGUGUUGAUUUAGUGCGUGUAUGUUUUGUUAUGUUUAGCAUUAUUUUCUGUUUUCAUCGCCGCACCCACCGUAUUCAUUUUUUAUUGUGGGUUAGCUAGCUAAUGUCUGCUGAGAGCUAAUGUUGGCUGUGGAGCCGGGCAGCAGGUGUAACGUUAUUUGAAAAACACAGAGCAACCAACCACUAGAAAGCUUAAAUUGCCACGACGCUGGAUUGAAAUUAUAUGUGCAGAUAUUGCUAAUGCUGACUAGCUCCCAGAUUUAUUUUCCAGCCUGUAGUCCAGUUCAUAGUUAACUUGUCAGCGUACGGCAGUCAUCAUGACAGGUGAGAAGAUACGCACCAUGCGAAAGGACCACAACAAAACGAACAAAAAUGACGAGAUCAUGGACACGUACGAUGACACCUCAAACGGCACUAUCCCUAACGGCACUGGUAACCAUUUCAAAUCCAACAAGGUAUUUCAGAAAACAGCUAAAACCUCCGUGCUGCAGCAGCAACAGCAGCUCAACGCAAACAACAUUAACGGCAAUCCAUCGUCAAUUGGCACCAUUGUCAAUGAUAACAACAAGAACCCGAUAAUCCUGACAAGUGAGGACUUGGAGUUCCCUGUUCAUGAGUGCGUGUUCAAGGGAGAUGUGCGUCGGCUCUCCUCUCUCAUCAGGACCCACAGCAUCUCUCAGAAAGAUGUGCAUGGGAACACACCUCUUCACCUGGCUGUGAUGCUGGGCCACAAAGAAUGUGCCCUCCUCCUGCUGGCCCAUAAUGCCCCUGUAAAGAUAAAGAACGCACAGGGAUGGAGUCCUCUAGCAGAAGCCAUCAGCUACGGCGACAGGCAAAUGAUCACAGCAAUACUGCGGAAAUUAAAGCAGCAGUCCAGGGAGAGCGUGGAGGAUAAGAGGCCAAAAUUACUGAAAGCUCUCAGGGAGCUUGGUGACUUUUAUCUGGAGCUGCACUGGGAUUUUCAGAGCUGGGUGCCUCUGUUGUCCCGGAUGCUGCCGUCUGAUGCUUGUAAAAUCUACAAGCAGGGCAUCAAUAUUAGACUUGACACAACUCUCAUAGACUUCACUGACAUGAAAUGUCAGCGCGGAGAUCUUAGUUUUAUCUUCAAUGGCGAUGCUACGCCCUCCCAAUCCUUUGUGGUUCUGGACAAUGAGGCGAAAGUGUACCAAAGAAUACACCAUGAGGAGUCAGAGAUGGAGACUGAAGAAGAGGUGGAUAUUCUGAUGAGCAGUGAUGUCUACUCUGCAACUCUGUCUACCAAGUCCAUCACUUUCUCACGCAGUCAGAUUGGCUGGCUCUUCAGAGAGGAUAAAACAGAGAGAGUUGGGAACUUCCUGGCUGACUUCUAUGCAGUUAAUGGUCUGGUACUGGAGUCAAGAAAACGGCGAGAGCACCUCAGUGAGGAGGACAUCCUGAGGAACAAAGCCAUCAUGGAGAGCUUGAGUAAAGGAGGCAGCAUCAGUGAACAGAACUUUGAGCCUGUGAGGAGGCAGUCCCUCACGGCUCCAGCCCCCAACACUAUUUCUUGGGAAGAGUACAUCACUGCAGAGCACGGAAAGCCACCUCAUCUUGGGAGAGAGCUUGUGUGCAAGGAAAGCAAGAAGAACUUCAAAGCUACUGUAGCCAUGAGCCAGGAUUUCCCUCUAGGCAUUGAGUCGUUACUAAACGUGUUGGAGGUCAUAGCCCCAUUCAAGCACUUCAACAAACUCAGAGAGUUUGUUCAGAUGAAACUUCCGCCUGGGUUUCCAGUCAAACUCGACAUCCCCGUUUUCCCAACGAUUACAGCAACUGUCACCUUUCAGGAAUUUCGCUACGACGAAUUUGAGGAGUCGAUUUUCUUCAUCCCCGCCGAAUACAAAGAAGAUCCCAGUCGCUUCCCAGACCUCUGACCAGUCAACACAACUGAUACAAACAGGAAAUGACCAGCGACUAAAUGUGUUUGGGAAGUGGGGACACAAUUAAUUCUCUGUUUAAAAAAAAAACAAAAAAAACAAGGGUGGAACUGGUCUUAUCGAUCAGUUGUAAUUCAUUUUGCAGAUGGAUCCAAAGCAAAUCAAUGCAAGCAGAUGUUAACAGAGUGCCAUCUCACAUAUAGAUGCGUAUCGGCAGUCGUUUUUGUGAAAUGAGUGAUAGCUUUCAUUGUACUCGCUGUUCACCAACUGAGCAGGUACAUCCACUGCUCAGUGCUGCUGUUCUCUCCUGUGAAAGCUGUCUGAAAACUCAACCCGGACUCUUCAUCGUCACUAUUUUAAUAUCUGCUACAUCUCCUCAUCUCCAGGGACUGAUGACUGAAUUCUCAUUCUUGAAACUGCACUGACACUGUCUCAUCUGUAAAUAAUUCACGCCUCAUCUGAAAUUCAUAAGAUAACAACUCACAAAUAUAGCUAUAUCCUAAAACUGAGCUUAAUAUUCAUUUAUAGAUUAUGUAAAAUAUAUAUAUAUAUAUAUAUAUAUAUAUAUACAUAUAUAUACACUCAAAGGAGUAACACUGUGUAGCAAUACAUUUCCAGUACUUAAGAAUGUUUUUAACCAGAACCAGCUGGGAGAAGGUUUAGCAUAAAAACACAUUCUUAACAGUUCAAUAUCCAAGCCUUUUCCCCUGUGCAGGAUGCAAUCUCCUGUAUUUUCAGGUUAGCUCAUGUUACCUCUCUGCUGUCUCCAUGUUUGUCGUGAUAGUAUGAAUUCUGUGCUCAGUGUGAGUGAAUACUUGUACUGUAUCAAGGGUUGUUGUAUGUGCGUUUGUGUGUGGGAGAACCCCAGAUGGGAUAUCAGGUAAACUGUUCUUAGUUUAUUACUGCACUGAUAUUAAGUAUAUUUAAGGCAUGCUAUGGCUGUGUUGGCCGACUGGAUCACAUGCAUCUUUAAGCUAUAUUCUCUGAACGUUUGUUAUAUUACCUGCAGACUUACUGGUAUUUAGAUUAAGGGAAAAAAAUGAAAAUUGUAACACUAACACUUUGAAACACCUUCUUAGUGCUUAUAAAAUCUCUCCUUAAUGGUAGUCUGCAUAUAAUUUUCACAUUUUUUCAGUUUUUUUUGUUUUUGGUUUUUUUUUUGUGUUGUUGUUUUUUUUUUUUAAUCCAAGGAGAGUAAACAAAGCUGUGAAGUUGAUAUUGCUGGAUAUCCCAAAACUGCCCAGAUGGGAAAUAAUCUGAUCCAUUGAGUUGUCUCUGGCUUCAGCUAAUACGUAUUGCAACCAUACCUACUUCACAUCCCUUUAAAUAAAGCACCAGCAUCAUGUUUCAA